AUGACGUCGUCUGAAAGAAGUUCCAUGCUGUCCACCGCUUUUUUGCCCAGAACAUCUUCAAAGAUGUUCUCGUCUUCUUGUUCCGAUGCCUCUCCUGCCUCGUCUUCUUGUUCUCGACGAAGCAGGAAAGGAACAAACGCUGCUUCCAAAGCUGCUUCUACCCUAGCAGGUGCAGCAGCUUUGAUUUUGCUCAAUAACGCCAACGUUGCAGAAGGUCAAACCUUCACGUUUCAGAUGGGAGGUGGCGGCGGUGGCGGGAUGGGUGACAUCCUCAGCGCCAUGAUGGGGGGAGGCAUGCCAAUGCAGGGUCCUCCGGAAGUGCGCUGGCCAGGAGGCGUGACACAAAAAGUCGACUCGAGUUUUGAAUGGUACUGUUUAGUACAACUUGGUGAAGAAUCCUCGCAAUUGUUUUUCCUCCAAGUGACUGCUCUUGCAUUCCAUUGCUUGGUCCUCGCAUCCGCACUCCCUCUCCACAUCCACUUCAUCCACACAGGUUAUAACCAAUGCUAUUCCCUUCCAUAAUAAGUAUCCACACAGGUUAAUCAACACAGAAUGGUCUGGCAAGGCGGGGACUUAUGUUUUCAACCGCGAUGGUGAGUUAGGUGGGAGUGUGAAGGCGUGCGCUAAGCAUGAGGGCGUGUGCAAGUGGAGCGCGUCCAAGAAUGCAGUGUUUCUGAACACCCCAGAUACUCAAAAGACACCAGAACAAGUUUUGAAGCUGAUUGUGAAAGGUAUCUAAGUAGUCGUGCACUCCCUACUCCACCACAGCUUCACUCCUAGACUUUCACUGACUCCUAAACUUCCUUAAUAUUAAUCUACUUUAUUCAUCUACUUUAUUAAUCUACUUUAUUGAACCCAGCACCAUAAUUCGCACCAGGCACAGCAGCAUAUGAAACGAAAGACGCGGAUGCUAAAGCGAGAUUGGACGCUCAUCAGGAGGAUGAGUUGAAAGCGACAAGGCUUGAGACAGCUAAGCCUGCCAAAUCCACGGGCAAGCCAAGUGUCAUCACCUUCGUAAAAAUUUCUGCUUCAGGAGAGGAAGACUCACGUACUACUCAUUUUUUUUAAAGUUUGGCUUUCACGACCUGAAAUAGUAGAUCAGGAGAAGGACUCCUCGAAUUAGAAUUUCCACGUCCACCACGACCUCCAACCACGACGUGUUGACGACAACGCAUUGACAACAAUUAUCGCUUCUACAACAGUGCUCGCCGAAGACGCUUUUGCGGUGCUAGACGUCACUCCCGAGUCUUCUCCAGCUGAGAUCAAGAAGAGUUACCGCAAGAAGUCCGUGACUCAUCACCCGGAUAAGGGUGGAGACCCGGCUUUGUUCGAGAAGAUCCGCCAGGCCUAUGAAAUCCUCUCGGAGCCGGAGAAAAAAGACUACUACCUCCAAGGUGGCGCCUUGCUGGUGAAAAACGUCGAGACGUUCACGAAGGAGAUGGAAGGACAGGUACUUGUCAGUAAUUAAUAUGGUGUUGGUUCCGCAGAAGGUUCUUUUUGAGUAGACCGCUCCGCAUUAUGGUCCUCUGAUUUACUUUUUACAACUGCAAUUAUCCUUGUGAUAGAUUCUGUAGGAUCAACAAACAGGCUAUAGAAGUCGUGUCUGUUGCAGGAACCUACUUCCACUCAGUAGAAAGAACCUACUUCCACUCAGUAGAAAGAACCUACUUCCACGGACUGACUGACAUCUUCCAUUUCUACUCUACCAUUCUAUAGGUCGCCCAGCAAAUGGCCCAAUUGGAUCAGCAGAUUCCUAAGAACCAUCCAAUGCGCGCACAAGCCGAGGCACAGAUCAAGGCACAACAACCGUCCAAGUCACAAUUGAAUUAUGGUUGGUUUUGUAUCUUCUUGAAUGUGAUUUUACGUCUAUUUUGAGUUGUAGAUCAUGUAGUUCUGUCUAAGCGAUUCCUUGGUUUCGUCCUCUCAACAGUCUAUUCUCGAAUGCUCGUUCGGGUGAGAAGAACAGUCAUAUUGACCUCUUGCCAGGCACAUCAUCAUCAUCAUCAUCAUCAUCAUCAUCAUCAUCCUUACUUCAUCAACACUGGUGACCUCUAACCCAAAUCUCACGUGGAACAGCGACUCAGGCAGGAGGACGUGAGUGUCGAAGUGCCGGUCACGUUGGAGGAAUUGUUUGCCGGAACGGACUCCAAAGAGUUCAACUUUCCCAGGUUGUCUAUCUGCAGAGGUUGCAGAGCGGAUCCAACAAGUGAGAAGUGCAAGACCUGCGGAAGAUGCCCGCCGGAGGUAGAAAUGGAUAGCUCUUUCAUCGAAUUAUGCAAUCAUCUACUAGUACUAUAGGCAAGAACAUCGAACUUGUCGUAUGACGAGUUAGGAUUCGGAUUUUUAUGAAUAUUUAUAUUUACGUCAAUUCGUUUUUUCUUACAACCCCAGGUCCGCCAAGUCCCUAAGAUGCAGGGUCCCUUUAUGGUGGGCAGCAAGACGGUUGAAGUCGAAUCCCGAGAGCGCUGCCGAGAAGAGAUGAUGCCACUGCGAGGCCUGUCAGUGCCAGCUAAUGCCGCAGACGGCACAAAACUACGCAGUCUGCGCAACAUGUCGCACCAAACGCCAGGUCGAUUGCCAGGAAACUUGCGAUUAGUCACCAAGAGGGAAGCGCAUCCGACGUAAUAUGUUAGACUUCUGGCUGAUUAUGUAACUCUGUAAUUGAUGUGAAAUCAGAGUAUGAGUUUGAUGGUAGUGAUCGCACCCUCUGGAUAGCUGUCCUCUCUGCAUUCAGCUAAUACGUCGUAGGUGCGCACUCGUUCAUCCAUUUUGGGGUCUGAAGAAUCCUUCCAAAAUAACCUACCCACAGAUACACCCCUGUCGGCGACGACUUGUUUACCGUCCUCACGAUUUCGGCUCAGGAAGCAUUAUUCGGCUUUCAAACGAGGUUCCGCGUCCUCAAGGAUCCAGAAUACAUUGUCCUGGAUCGGGAGAAUAAAGUUUAUGAAAAUAGAUUACGUUGAUAAAAAUGAUGACCAGAAAUAACUUGAAUAAACGAUGACCAGAGAUAACUUGAUAAAGACGAUGACCAUUCAUACGCGGAUUGAAUAACCAUCACGGAAUAGGUCGGAGUCAUGGCAAGUAUCUCGUGGCCUUCAUCCAUCUGUGCACGAAUUCCUACUUCACUGAGUCACUGACAUAUGCCUCCAUGUCCUUCCCCACUGCAUGAGUCGAGUUUUUCUAAGCACAAACCCAGCCGAACGAGGUGAUCCGAAUGCAGCGAAAGGGAAUGUUCAACGGAUACGGUGGCCGCGGCGACUUAGUCAUCCGCGUUCAAGUGGAAUUCCCCAGUGAAUCACCGGCAGAGGGGAAAGUUAUGAUGAGUCAAUAAAUUCUAAGUCAACUACUACUUCCUCGUUAUUACUACAUGAUCGAUCAUCUUACUGUUCCUUAUGGGGAUGUCAAUGGGGAUGUUACUUGUUGGGGGGUGGGCGUCCAGACGACAAUCUAGACAUCUUUAAGCUCAAGAGCAUACUCAAAACUAGACUAUUCCGCCCUCUAUUCUUAAAAUUUAUAUCCCUUCAAGCACCAUACUCUAAGCCUCUCGAGAAGCAAGCAACGGGUAUGAUCGAGGAACCGCGAUUGGAGGCUGAGUCGGAGCUUAUGCAGCAUGAAGGAAAGCUCUGGAAGGCCUGGGAGGAGAGCAAGAAAAGAAAGAAGGCUAAGGGAAAGAAGGGUGGAAAGAGAAGUGAGUUGUAAGUAGUAGUCAACUCGUAACGGCCGUCCAUUUGGGCCAAACGAUGUUAUUCAUUUUAGCUUUUUUUUUAUAAUUGUAGAUGAAAAAUGUGGUCUCUGGAUUAUGAUGAAAUAAACAGCUAGUACCUAUGGUUUGAUAGAAUAUUCAACUUCAGUGUCAUGAUCAUGUUGUUGAUGAAAACGAAGAGAAAGCAGGGUAAUUGAAAGAGAAAAGCGAUCAUAUAACAGCACCAUAGAGGGAUGUUUUUGGAAUUUACUGUGUCUAAUACUGGUAGAGGAGUGUCCUUCCUCAACAUGAGAAUAAGUGUCUAACGGAAUAUCACUAUGAGCACGUAUGAAACUUGUAAACAUGAAUGCUUCUCAGGAGAACCACGAAAGAUAUCCUCUGUCAGAGACGGAGGCGGUUCAGACUAGGUCCGUAGGUCGUAUCUAUUGUUUGGUACUAGGGAGCUCGAGAUAUAAUGAGAAUAAGACAUCACAUACACGACUAGAAUAAGACAUCGACGUCCAAGAAUUGUCCACGAUGAAUCGAUACACGUACACAAUAUUAACCCGACAAGAUGGACCUUUUUUAACACAAAUCCUCAUAGUGGUCCAAAGUCUCUCUACUCAACCUGAAGAUUUCCACCUCCCUGUUUCUGGUGCUAUCCGCACCACAAAAACCUUUCCCUCCUGUAUUUUUGAAGUUUAUCCAAGAUGAAAAGAGCUUCUCACCCCCUCCCUGUUGAGAAGCGCUUAUCAAAGGCAGAAGUCAACAAAGAGCUUAUCGGAGAAGAUACUGCUGACUAAGAGAAUUGUGAAGAUGAAU